AUGUCCAUCUUCUCCUACAUCGCUUCGGGCAUCAGCUCGUUUGUGGUCGUCACGGUUUCCCUGUUCGCCCUCGGCCAGAAAGUCCCCCGUGCAGCAUUUGUUGCCCGUUGUCUAGCAGCAUAUGGUUCUCUUCUUCUAUGCGCCGCCUACGGAGUUAUCGCAUCGGUAGUUCUACGUCUGGCUGGCUACGGUCGGGUGUCGCAGUGGGCUACAGCGCGCAGCUUCAAAUGGGUCAUGCGUUAUACAACCGGCGUGCGCUUCGACGUGAUCGAAGGAGUGGAGCACCUUUCCACUCGUCCUGCGGUCUUCAUCUCCAACCACCAGUCUGAACUCGAUGUGCUUAUGCUGGGUACCAUUUUUCCUCCUUACUGCAGCGUGACAGCCAAGAAAUCGCUGAAGAACAUCCCCUUCCUGGGCUGGUUCAUGGCUCUUUCCCGGACGGUUUUCAUUGACCGGGCCAAUCGUGAGACAGCUGUCAAAGCUUUCGACGGUGCGGCUGAUGAAAUGAAAAACCACAGACAGAGUGUCUUCAUUUUCCCGGAGGGUACAAGAAGCUAUUCCGACAAGCCUGAGAUGUUGCCUUUCAAGAAGGGUGCUUUCCAUCUCGCUGUCAAGGCAGGUGUGCCAAUUGUUCCCGUUGUGACCGAAAACUAUUCGCACGUUUUGUCUCCUCGCGCAUUGAGAUUUGACGCUGGCACGAUCAAAAUCAAAGUUCUUCCUCCCAUUAUUACACAAGGCAUGACCUCUGCAGAUGUCGAUGGCCUGACCAAAUCCACACAGGAAUCGAUGCUGAAGACUCUUUUGGAAAUGGCUCACGAAGAAGAAGAGGAGAUAGAAGCUUCCGUCGCCAAGGGUGCUUCCACGGCUGUUGAGAUCUGA